GAAGUUUUCUCCGCCUCUGCCUGUGGGUCGUGCCGGUUGAAAAAUUUGAAUUCUUCCUGAUGUGUCUGAGGUCUUCGAGAUCGUUUCGGGAUCCGCGCCUUCGUUUUCUACUUGUGUCUCUUUCUUGAUAUGGGCUCGUCGGCUUUGGCACUUGACUUGGCAUCUAUUACGUGACGCCGUUUUCUUUAAUUAUGAUAUUGGCAACUACACUUGAAGGAAGUGAAUGAGUCAGAAUUUCGGGUCGUACUUAUUGUGUUGGGUCGUCAUUUAGUGUCAUUGACAUUGUCAUCUCGUAGGUUGUCUCGGUCUUUGUAUCAGUCUUUGAUUUCGUUUUUCGGAUGCGUAUUGUGCAUGGCGGGCAAUUCGGUCUUGCUCCUCGUCCGCAAUCAGGUCAAGUGCAUAUAAAAAUUUCGGGGCAACAGUUCAGUGCCAUGCGUGCGAGCAUUUGGCACUUUUUUCAAUAAAGAAUAGGGAAUAGAAUGAUAAUAUUGUGACCGCAGCAGCACUGCAAUGUCGAAGGAUGAUUUUAAUUUCCACUUCUUGUACAGUGAAAGCAAAUAGAGUUUUUUGAUGAAGAGCACUGAGUUACCGUUCGGGAAAAGGUAUGAUUUCAGUACAGAGCUUGAACGAUGUUGUUGCUUAGGAAUCGAACCAGUUGUUUUUCUUAGCACUUCAACUUUCGGUGAAGAAGAGUCUCGUGCGACCGUCUCUACCCACCUUUCGGCUUCCAGAUACACCCUCUUGUAGAGCCGUCGUACGCGGAAGCGUGUCCAUCGAAGUCAAGGAGCAUCGAGUAGUAGUAGUAGUAGUACUGGCCGCUAGUUUGAUCCCCGUGCGCACGAAAUUUUCGUGGGUCAAGUAAUCGGGGAUGGGUGUAGACCCGGCAAAGACUGCGCGAGCGUCUCACAUUGUGAAUGUGAUAGAGGACCUAAGCCAACACGGAGCGUCAGUGGAAUCGAUCUUGGAAGAGUACGAGCGCCGUACUGGGGAUGAUGGUGCAACGAAGCAGUCUGUCAUUAACGCUGUGCGGAACAACCCAGCCAUUAUCGGGACAACGUCUGUUGGGCGAUCAGUGACACAGUACCUACUUCUGAUUUAUUUAUUCAUAUAUUGAUGUUCUUUAUGAUUGAUUCUGUAGAUCAUGAUGAUUGGCGGGUCUUGGUUUUGAGAGGUGUUUCUUUUUGGUGGAUGGUGUCAGUUUAGGCCGAUCAUUUGCUCACCUGAUUGUGAUCAUUCAUCGAUCAUGUUCGCUUAGUGCAUGCCACCGACUCUGCCUCAUCCGACUGGCUACACUUGAUCCUUUUCUAUUUGAAUAUCUGUUGACGAACUACAAUUCAAAGCACCAUCAAGAACUUGAGUGGAAAACUCCUCGAAAUCACCACAGCUAUCGUGUCCGAGAUACGGUUCCGCUUGGUUUUACUAUUGCAGGACAGGCCCAGAUUCCAGUUGCGCACGGUCAGCAGACAGUCGCCGGGCCACCACUGCACUUCAGGUACUUUUGGUACCUGAUUGGAGCCGUGUUUCUAAUUGGGCUAUCCCUUGGCGUCCCAAUCGGGUUUCUCUACUGCAGCACUACUCAAGUUCCGCCCAAGACUCCGGAAGAUGAGACGGACGGCCACUCUCCUGAGGCGAGAAAACUAAUCAACGUCCUCCGCGAACGCGGACAUCAAGCGAGAGGAAGAGAUGUAGCUGAGGCGUAGAUUGUAUAAAGGUAAAGCUACCGAUCGAAAUCGACAACAGCCAUACGCACUGGAUGUGCUUGUUUUGUACAUAUACGACACCUAAUAUUCCAGCAAGUAAUCUUAAUCUUUGUUGUAGAACCUGCCUUGAAAUCGAUAUUUCCGAAGAAACGAGUCGAAGUGGUCCUUCCCGAUAUUCUUGCGCUGCUCUCGUUUUGCAGAAGUGUUUUCAAUAUUUGGCUUCGCCUUCGCUUAAGAGAUGUUGCGUGACCGAGAUUGUCACUCAUCGGUGUCUUCUUGAACAAAUAUACAAACUACCAGACAAAGACAUCGAUAAGCUGCAAGAAAGCAGAAACAACGAAGGGUGAU